AUGCUUGGAUUUGCGGUCCUCGCCGUAUCUUCUGUCUUUUUUCCCUUCUACUUUGUUCUUGUCCCCAUUUUGGAAUACUUCCGGGAUCCAAAAAGGCUCCGGAAGUAUCCCAAACUAUCUUUCUGGUCUGGAAUAUCAGAUCUCCCCUUCAUCUUCGAAGCACACAAGGGCUUUCGCUCCAACACACUUUUGCAAGCCCAUAAAAGGACCCCCGUAGUCCGGAUAGGGCCAAAUUCGCUCUCUUUUAGCAGUCCGGCCGCCAUCAAAGACAUUUACGGCCACAAUACCCCGUGCUCCAAAGAUGUCUUUUACAGCGAGCUCGCGGGAACUCACUAUCAUCUGGCUGAUGUGGUCGAUAAAGCUGAACACGCACGCAAGAGAAAGAUGCUCUCCAGUGCCUACGCAAUCAAGAAUCUAGAAGGGUGGGAGCACAAAGUAGCCGACAUGACCAACAGACUGGUAAAAGCGUUCGACGCCCGAUGUACUGGACCUCUGCCCCAAGGUGUCUGCCCACCCGAACAAGACCUGACCGUGGACUACCGCAUGUGGACCAACUUGUUUACGGUGGCAGCAAUCGCCAACAUUGGUCUCAGCGAGGACCUUGGCUUCCUCGACCGGGGCGACGACCUGAUUGCUUCCGAGGCUGCGGAUGGCACCAUUAAAGAGGUUCAUUUCAGGGAAUGCCUCCAUGCCACCGCCUGGGCUCAAUCAAAUCUUGUCUGGUCGUACCCUUGGUACAAGACACUGGUCAAGAUCAGCAAGUUUCUUUCUCCGACCUACCGGGAGAAGUGGCGACUUAAUGUAGAUUGGGACGGCAUCGUCAGAAACCGGGCGACCAAGCGCCUCGCACGGUACCAGGGAGGCGAGAAGUUGGAUGACUUCUUUACCGCUAUUAUGCAGGACAAGACUGGCAUUCCGAACAAUCUUGAAUGGGGCGAGAUCGUGGCCGAGGUCAGCAUCAUGAUGAACGCGGGCUCCGACACCACUGCGAUUGCCAUGAACAACGCCCUCUUCCUCUUGCUGAAGAACCCUCCCUGCCUGGAAAAGCUACGAGAGGAAUUGGACACGGUGUUGGACGAGGACGAAGUUGUGGCCCCCUACGACAAAGUCCGUCAUCUGCCAUACCUCCGGGCCUGUCUGGACGAAAGCAUGCGUCUCCUCCCACCCACCACCUUUGGGCUCCCUCGUCGUACGCCGCCCGAAGGUGCUCCCAUUGCCGGAGAAUAUGUCGCCGGCAACACCAGUGUUUCGAUGUCGUCAUAUGUGGUCCAUCGCGACGAAAGUAUCUUCCCUGAUGCUGGAACCUACAAACCUGAACGGUGGCUAGGCGAUGCGGGAAAAGAGCUACAGCCAUAUUUCAUCGCCUUCUCUGCAGGCGCGCGUGGCUGCAUCGGUCGCAACAUUAGUUACUUGGAGCAGACGGUGGUUCUGGCCACCUUGGUGCAUCGGUUUGAGUUUGCCCUUCCGUCGCCCCAAUGGGAACCGACAAGGAGGGAAAACUUUAAUCUAUCCCCCAGUCCCAUGCCCUUGAAGGUUUGGAAAAGGAAGCAGAAGGAGAUAUGUUAG